AUGUCGGUUUUUAUGCAUAAUUACAUUGAACAGAUCGUCAAUGUCAAGGGUAACAGUAAUCAUGGUUUUCAAGCCGUUUUUGCUUUACUCGAUAAAGGAGAAAAGAGUCACACACUUGUCCGCCAUACUCUUAUCCAAGAGUUGAGGAGCAAUAAAGAUUUUUACACACAGCUAUUCGAGAAUAAAGAAAAAGUUGAAGAAUUGUAUCACUCUCUUGUACCUUGCAUUAGUGGGCCUGCACCUGAGGAUGAAUGGAAGCGCUUCCCUGAAAUAGGUCAUCUCAUAGAAAUUGCGUAUGAGAGGGUGUGUAUCGAUCUUACAAGAUACGGUUUCUCAGAAGCUUUUUUCCCACUACGCAUUGUUCCACCUCCAAAUCCAAAUGAUCGUAUCAUCUGUGUUGGGUGGGUUUUAAAUCUGCGACAUUUUGUUCAAGUUUCUUUGAAACUGAGAUAUUUUACACCACUUACAUCACCGGAGUGGACAACUCAUAAUACAAUCAAAGUCGAGACUUGGCCGGACCAGUUUGUUGAAAGGUUGCAAAAUUUCACCAAAUUGAACAAGAUUGAAAGAGAAAUAAAUAAAGAAAAGUCAAAGGGGCUAUCACCAAUAGAUUUGGCCAGCGUCAAUAAUUAA